AUGAGCGAGUCCCUCUCGCUGCUCUCGGACGGCCCAGAAUACACCGCACGGCAGCAUGCUGCAUUCACGCCUCCAGACGUGCAGCUAUCCGACCUGCGACGCGCGAUCCCCAAAGACGCAUUCCGGCGCAGCACGCUGAAGGCACUAUGGGGCAUGGGGCCGGUAUUUUUGCUGACAGUUGUGAUGUCCUACGCUGGCUUGUACAUCGAUUGGUUUGUGGCAUGUCUCGGCUGGUCAGCGAUCCCCACACGACUUCUCAAAUGGACACUGUGGACACUCUACUGGAACAUUCAAGGGGUGGCUUGGGCGGGUUUAUGGUCCAUAGGCCACGAGGCAGGGCACAACAACGUCUCACAGAACAAAUGGGUGAACCAUGGCGUUGGGAUGGCAUGUCAUAGUUUCUUGUUUCUCCCGUACUUCUCGUGGCGGAUUACGCAUCUCCGGCAUCACAAGACUGCGGGCUCAAUGGAGUUGGAGGAGGUCUACGUGCCACACGUACGCUCGUACUACAAGCUGCCCCCGCCACAAGAAGCGAGUCAAAAUGACUACAAGGAGGUGUUUGAGGAAUUACCGAUCUUUCUGUUGGUUCGAUUCUGUGCGAUGCAGUUUUUGGGCUUGCACACCUAUUUGACAUUGAACACAAUGGGUUCGCAGCGGUAUCCGGAAGGUUCCAACCACUGGAACCCAUACUCUGGCCUGUUCACGAAAGAAGAGUACACCUACGUGUCGGCUUCUAACGCAGGUCUUGUGGCUACGGUCCUGUUACUUCGCUUGCUGGCCUCGCACACAUCCACGUCCUUCGUCUUCAAGUACUACUUCAUCCCGUUCUUGAUCUCAAAUCACUGGAUUAUGGCAAUGACAUUUUUGCAGCACUCUGACCCAACGGUGCCGUUCUACCGCGGGAAAAGCUGGACUCGGACGCGCGGUGCGCUUUCUACGAUAGACAGGCCAUUCUUCGGCUGGGUGGGCGUCGUCUUCUUCCUCGGAGUCAACCACCACCAUACCACACACCAUCUCUUCGCAAACAUCCCCUUUUACAACCUCCCAAUGGCCCACGAGGCUAUCCGCCCGCUGCUCGGGGACGCAUACAACUACGAUUCGACGCCGAUCCUGCGUGCCCUGUGGCGUUCGUUCACGCAGUGCCUCUUCGUCGAGGAAGAAGGCGACGUGCUGUUUUUCAAGAAUAGCGAAGGCGUGGCGAAGAGACAGGUCAAGGACGAUGGGUUCCCGAACAAAUAGCUGUCGGAUUUGAGACGUUAGCGCUUGUAGAUACCCCUUGGAAAGUCGUUGAGCUCUUCUCGCAUAGGUGAAUGCAUGGUCUCUGCUGCAUUAAUGCAUUCCGUGAUAUCUUAAAAACAAAUUCAGUGUUCGUGUAGCUACUCGUUUACAUUAUAAUCCAUUUUUUCAGCUUCCGGC